GUACCAUCUCGUCUGUACUGUAUCGUGACGAUAAAAUCCAAUUCUUGGUUCACUUGAUAUUUCAAGACAAUACAAGGAUAACUAGCCUUUCUUCACACCAGAAAAAACCACCAAUUGAUUCCUUUCUAUUACUGGGUCACUCAAGAAGCAUCCAUUGAACCAGCUCUACAGUCUUUUCUGCAUUCGUUGCAUCCUUACAGACGACAGACGGUACAACAGCACGGAAGCUUAAAGCAGCUUAGCUAUUAAUUACAUGCCCCACCGAAUGAGCUUUAUUUAUUAAUUUACCUUAAUCGAGAACCAAACGGCAGGCCAGCCACAAUCUGCAGCGGCGCGGUAAAUUCGUCAAGACGGCGCUCGUGGGACCUGAAUCUCAACUUUAUCGCGAGUCUAGUUCAAGAUUUUGCGACCGUUGUACCAGGCAAACAAACGGGUGCAUAUGUUAGCUAAGUCGCACGUUGACCGGCCGAAAUACUACCUACCUUACCUACGUACCUUGCGGACGACGCCUUGUAUAUGCAUACAUAGGAUCUACUCUACCUCCCAGCGUAGACGGCACUUGGACCUAUUAUUGGCAAGCAGCUAAAACUAAAACUGGCCUAGCAGAGAGUGAGAGGGAGGGAGAAGCGAGCGAGCAACAGUGAGACGAAAAUUGCCAAGACGCGCCGUGCAGGCAGACAGCCAACAUCUUUUACUUACCACACAACCUGUCUCUUUACCUUUUUUUUUACCUUACCCCAAUCGGGAUUCCCUGAGCAAGGUACCUCAACUAACCUUGCCUGGCUUUAAAUCAACUUAUACGCUUUGGUUCUUCUCGUGCGCUCGGAAUAUCAGCCUUUUGCAUGGGUGACAAAGCCCGAAAUUACCGACGUUUCCGCUUAUUAGGAAAGGUACUGGCCACCCAGGGCACCCACACCCAUCCAUCUUGCCUUGUAACUCUUGCCCUCUCACACACGUCAAUUGAGGGCAGGACGACAAUCACGGACAAUUCAGCCACUACCACUGGAUAAACGCGACCGGAGAAUCAUGUCAACAUGGAACCCCGAGUCUUCCCUGACCGGGGAGGAACCGGACCAGUACCGAAAUCGCAGAUCAUUGAGCCGUCUAAGCUUCGCGCCAUAGAAGAGUCGCGGACUGGUUCGGCGGCGGCUGUGGCGCAAAUCCCGACCCCUGCGCUUCUUGAUUCGUGGUUCGCCAAAGAGACAAUAGAAACAAAUGCGACAGCCAACAAGGCCACAGAAGCAAUACCGAACGAUAAGAACGAGGAUACAGCUACCGGGAUCAAUUGCCAAGGCAACAACGUUUCUCUCCUCGUCGAUUCUGCGUCUGCAGCGCCCAGGACCCCUGCGGACAAGUCCGAAUCUACCUCGAAGACGUUGCCCAAUGGCCUGUCCAAUUCGUCACAGAGCCAACAGUCCGCAUCCCCUUCCGUCCAUGAUGCCGGCACUGAGCAAACCCAUAAGGCGACCGCUGCCGUCCGGCGCCCAUCGCUUGCCAUAAACCCAUCUUCCAACCAUGCGGCCAUAGAUCCUCUGUCCCAGCAUAUAUUCAUGCGCACAAACACGGAACGGAACUUGAGUUCAAAGCUUCGAAAUCCUACAUCCAAACCCGAUGCUUCGGCUACUCUCGACGGACAACGACUCGGUGGUGACGGCACAGAUAACCCGGAUAAGAAGAGGCCCCGUCCUUCUUUUCUUUCCCGCCUCGGCAUGCGCGCAAACAGACUGCGCAAUGACGAUGACGAUUCCGGCUCAGAUGUCGGCUCGCAGCGGCCCGACGGCAACAAUGCGCGCGUCUUUGCCAGUCCCGUGGGUGCCCAGGGUUACAUUCCUCACCACAAGGAGCCGCCCCGUUAUAUCCGCACCAAAGUAUACAACAAGAAGGAGCGCGAGUUCAACCGCAUGUUUCUGGCUCAGGAGCUGGUUGGCACAAGACCUCUUGCCCAGGCAAAAACGGACGAGAAGGUUCCAGUCGUGACGGUAUCGACCGCUGACGGGACAAGUAGGAGGGCAGAGCGAACAGGCGGGGCUGUUUGGGCGACCGAGUUCAGCCGCGACGGAAGGUAUUUGGCAGCCGCGGGCAAAGACCAGGUGGUCCGCGUAUGGGCCGUCAUCUCGACCAUCGAAGAGCGGCGCACGCGGGAAGACGAGGAGGAGGCCCUGCAUCAGCAAAGCAGCCCGACCAACAGCGGCGGCAGCAGGGAGCGGCUACACGCCCCCGUGUUCCGUGAGCAGCCAUUGCGCGAAUUCCAAGGUCACACAGGUGAGAUCCUGGACCUCAGUUGGAGUAAGAACAACUUUUUGCUGUCCACGUCUAUGGAUCGGACCGUCCGCCUGUGGCACGUCAGUAGAAAAGAAUGCCUUUGUGCCUUUCGCCACGGCGAGUUUGUCAGCAAGGUGGCGUUCCAUCCCCAAGAUGACCGCUUCUUCCUAGCGGGGUGCCUGGACUCGAGGCUGAGGCUCUGGAGCAUCCCGGACAGGGCGGUCGCCUUCGAGGCGCAGACCAACGACAUGAUCACAGCCGUCGCAUUCACGCCCGAUGGCAAGACGGCCAUCGCAGGCAUGUUGAACGGAGUGUGCAACUUUUACGAUACCGAGGGUCUCAAGUUCCAGAGCCUACUCCAUGUGCGGUCUUCGAGGGGCAAGAAUGCCAAGGGAAGCAAGAUCACUGGGAUUCGCACUGCCGAGGUCCCAACGGGCCGCGGUUCCUCUGACAUGAAGGUCAAGGUGCUUGUCACGUCCACCGACGCCCGCGUGCGUGUCUAUAAUCUCGGCGACAAGGCUCUUGAUGUCAAGUUCAAGGGCCACGAGCACACGGCGGCCCAGCUCUCUGCCAGCUUCAGCCAUGGUGCCAAUUAUGUCAUAUGCCCAAGCGAGCAUCGUAAAGUUUUUAUAUGGAGCCUGGGAUCACCGAACCAGCGGGCCUUGAACGUUUCAAACCCCGGUGGUAUUGGGACCGACACACUAAAGGGAGACAAGGGCCCCUGCGAGUCGUUUGCGGCGCACGGGUCGGGGGUGACGACAGCAAUAUUUGCCCCUGCCGAGACGCGACAGCUGCUCGGGGCCAGCGGCGACCCGAUCUAUGAUCUGUGCAACCCUCCGCCGGUGACUUUGAUAUCGAGGGAAGAGGAAGCGGCGGCCGCCGCGGCGACGUCAUCAAGUCGAGACCCGAGCCCAACAUCACCGGCGCGUGCGACUCACAAUAUGAGCCAAACCGCUUUAUCCGAGGCUCCCAGCGUUGCAAGGAGCCGAAGAGCGGACGAAUCUCCGGCGUACGUGGCCCGCUCCACGCACCAGCAAGGCAACAUCAUUGUCACGACCGAUGAUACGGGCAUCAUCAAGGUGUUUCGGCAGGACUGUGCCUACCGGCGACGAGAGGGACCCGAGACAGCUUCCCUCCUGAGUCGCAAACGGGACAGCAUCGUCGGCCGCAGCGCCAGCAUUCUCACUCGUACGAGCGCAUCCAGUGCGGCACGCUCGCGAAAGGGGUCCUUGUCGAGAUCAAUCCAGGGAAUCAUCACGGGUGAGGGCGUGGCGCAUUCUGGCGGUGCGAUAUCAGACCAGAUAUUGGAUUGGCGUCGCGAUGUCGAGGCCAAGGGCAGCAAUGGCAGGUCCGGCAGCAUCAACAGCGCCGCCGGCACGCCGGUACGGGUCGAGCGCAGCGUCAGUCCUAUCAAGAGCCCAUUGACGGCGAGGACCCUUGCGAGCGAGAGGAGGCGUGAGCAGUACGCGCACAGCGGUUCCCCUCUCGUCCCCAGGGGCGACAGGGGGCACCUCAGCCCGGCCUCGAGCACAUUCAGCGACGCGCAUCGGAUCAAUUCUGAAGCCGCCAUGGCCACUGGUAGUGUCACGCCCGCUGGAACCGGAAAACCGGCCAACGAUGACGCGUCAAAGAAGCCACUCGAUCAACCGUCUUCAUGCUCCUCCAAAAAGGAAGAGACCACAGCCGAUGGGCAAAAGAAGCCAUCGGGCGAAGAUGAAACGCUUGGUGAUGGUGAAGGCGUCACGCCAGCGCCAAGCACUCCCUCUGGUGAGGGUGGGGCCAACAAUGGAGGCCUCUGGGGCUUUAGGUGGCCCAAAAUGCCAACCCUGCGCAUGUCCAUCGGAGGGAUCGGCAUGGGCAGCGGCACAGCGAGUCCUGGCAAGGACAGUGUUGGCACCGGCACCAGCACCAGCGACGGGCAGGGCUCAGUGCCGGGUGGGUAUCCAAAUGUCCGGGCGAGCAGCGAUCUGAGCAUCAAGGAAAAGAUCAAGGAGGCGAGCAAAAUGAGCAAGGAGAAAGGAAAAGAAAAGGAAAAGGAAAAAGAGAGGAAGGCGCGCACUCCACCGUUGCAGAUGCCGUCCUUUUCGGACAAGUCGCCCCCGAGACAGACGCAGGCGGGAGGCGGGGGGUUGUCAACCAAGGACAAGAGGAGUUCCGAGGGGGCGGUGGACUCCGAGGAAGACAUGGCGUGCCCGAGGUGCGGGGCUCGCGAGUUCAAGGCCAAGAAGUUGGGUUCAGGACAGCAACAGCAACGGCAGAGACUUGUUUGUGCAACAUGUGCGACGCCGGCAGCGGAGCAGGAAGACUUUGCUUUUUGAGUCUGUGGCAUAAUUUGGGGGUGUUUUUGUUUUUCUUUGCAUAUGAGCUCGGCGUUUUCUGGUGGGGGGCAUUGGUUACCUAUUUUUUUUUUUUUCCUUGUCUUCUCCCUCUUGUACAUUACUAAAAGUCGGUAUGUGAGGCUUUGCCGUGUUGUAUGUGUCCAUAUGGUUACUGAUGAAUAAAAUCAUAGAUAGCCACCCGGCCGGCCGAGUACUUUUGUAGUUUUGUUUAUAGUGGGAGAUGGCGGAAACAAUAAUACCGGUGGGUUUGCUUCAGAUUGUACACAUUCGAAUAGAAUAUCCUUCAGUCACAGGUAACGGAAAUGAUGGCUGGGAUAUCAGAUACCUCACAGUUUCACCUAUCAUUGUAACCAACAGACACACGAUUUGCAACACACUAUACUCGAG